GAUGGACCUGAGCCAACAUCAGCCCUAUCACCCUUCACAGAGUUACAUCAUGUCAUAUCAGCAGCAGCAAAUGCCUUGUCAGCACCAGUGCCAGUGCCAGCUGAGAUCUGGAGAGCAGCAGACUUCCCAUCUACAGGCUGGUAGAAAUGUUGGUAGUGCAGGACAUUUUUGCUCACUGCCUCCUGUGGAGCCCAUGAUAAGGAGCUGCAAUCAUGGGCCUAGGUUUCCAGUGGGCCCUAUGACUGACUAUGCCAGAUAUGAGCAGCAGGAUCUGACUUCCCCUAGCCAAAUGUGUCCCCAGCCAUCAGCAAGCUAUGGGCAGCCACGUCAUCUUCAGCAGGACUUGCCGGGUCCAACUGAACUCAAGCCAGGCCCAGCCUUCCCAGCCACAGAUUGUCUUGGAAAUGGGAAGUGCAGGACAUUUGUGUUCACCGCCUCCUGUGGAGUCCAUGAUAAGGUGCAGCAAGCGUGGGCCGCCUAGGUGCCCAGUGGGCCCUAUGACUAACUACACCAGCCAUGAGCAGCAGGACCAAAUAGGCCCGAGCCAAAUGCAGUUUCAUCAUCCCUCAGUGAGCAACGGCCAGCAGCAUCAGCCCCAGCAAGGGCUGAGUCCUAGCCAACCGCAGACUGGCUUGGAUAUGGGAAGUGCAAGUAUGUUAUGUCCAGGACAACUUUGUUCACCACCUCCUGUGGAGUCUAUGAUUAGGUGCCGCAAGCAUGGGCCGCCUAGGUGCCCAGUGGGCGCUAUGACCGACUACACCAGCCAUGAGCAGCAGGAGCAAAUAGGCCCGAGCCAAAUGCAGUUUCAUCACCCCUCAGUGAGCAAAAGCCAGCCACAACAGCCCCAGCAAGGGUUGAGCCCUAGCCAGCCACAGACUGGCUUGGAUAUGGGACGUGCAAAUUCUAGCAGCAUCAGGAGGACUCGUGGUCGUGGCCCAACUCGGUGCCUCGAUGUGUGGAAUAUGGAAGGUAAGAUAUCUGUUAGCGUCAAUGAGCUGGGGCAGCCCAUUGGCCUUGAGGCACCCAAACUCACCAACUUUCUCGGUACCAUAGCACGAAAUGGGCACAUGGCACCCCUUAAUUAUGUUGAUUGGCGGGCAUUACCAGAUGAGAUCAAGGAGAAGAUGUGGCAACAAGUUCAGUCAAAAUUUGAGAUUGACCCAAAAAGUGAAAGUUGGGUCUUGAAGUCCAUCGGCAAAAAAUGGAAGGACUGGAAAGCUGAGUUGAAGGCUAAUCAUUAUAAUACUCAUAAGACUGACGAGGAGCGGCUAGCAGACCGUGAUGAGAGGGUCGUUCCAGAUCAGUGGCAGAUCCUCAUUUCAUUUUGGAACUCCAAAGAGGCAAAGGAACGCAGUGUUACAAAUAAGGCCAGUCGCGCACAACAGAAGAUAACUCACACUACAGGCAGAAAGAGCUUUGCACAAGUACGCGAAGAACAGCGUGCAAAGAGGCCUGAUAAGGAGCCAUCCCGGGCAGAGCUAUUCAUAUUGACUCGUACACGGAAAGAUGGGCAACCUGUAAAUAAGGAAUCUUCAGUGUUAAUUUCGCAACUUCGUGAACGGGCAGCUCAACAGAAGGAGACCUCACAAAAUGGUACUGUCAAAGAUGACAUCUUAUCUCAAGUAAUGGGACAAGAUAGACAUGGCCGUGUUCGCACUUAUGGGUUGGGCCCUGCCCCUUCUGCCGUGAAAAUGGUCUCUAAGGCUAAUGCGGAGGUACAUGAUAUGAAAGAGAAAAUGGCUUCCAUGGAGCAGACGUGUGCACAGAUGGCAUCCCAAAUGUCCAGUAUGAUGUCAAUGAUGUUGAACAUGCAGAAGAAGUUCCCAUCUGAGCAAGGUUCACCAUCCGAGCUUUUGCAUGCUGGACAGGUUGCGGAUGUCUCCAACAAUUCUAGAGAAUCGCCACAGCUGCAAGCUAUUCCACCAUCACAUGUCCAGGGGGUUCCAUCUCAUCAGGGAUGCGCAGUGAAGAGAGGAAAGACACAGAAUGCAAAACGUGCAGUGAAGAGAGGAAAGACACAGAAUACAAGUAUCAGCAAGGUUUCGCGCAAAAAGAAUUGAUGCUCGGUUAAUUCCUCAUCUUAUUUGUGAACGUGACAUUUGUUGAAUGCAUUAUCAUGUGAGUACUGAUCUUUGGUGCCUUUCUUAGAUAUAUAAAACUCGAUUUCACUAUGGUUAAUUGCUAUUGCAAAAAACAUAAAUUAUGGUCUUUUUUAUUCGAAUUUAAAUUUCUGGUUGUGGACGCCAACUGUGAACAUAAGACAUUGUACCUAUGAAUUUGAUUGUUGUUUAACUGUCUUA